GCAUUUGUUUUGUUUUGGGAUAUGACGUCAUAAACCUUAAAAUCAAGCGCUACGUCAUCCUCAGCAGCUGAUAACAGACAGUCACCUGAUAAUGGCAAAUACUGACUUUGUGUCAGAGGUUGUCUUCCAGCAGAGUGGUGUGUUCAUCCACACAACACACGGCGAAGCAGAAGACGAUGUUUUACUUGAAGGAAGAGUGCAACUGGUGAAAAAGGAUGGCACCCAUAUGCUCUUACAGAAGCGAGGGGAGUAUGUGGAAUGGGUCCCGAUCCAUGAGGGUGGAUUUAGUCUACCGCAGCAGGACCAGGACUGGACCAUGGUCAACACGGUCACAUACCAGAGGGACAAUCAAGCAUCAGAUGAUAAUGUUGUCGUAAACCCGCCCACUACUGGUGCCUCUGUCCCACGAAGGAACAAGUACGCCAUGAGUUUUUCUCUCUCAGACGUGAAGACAAUCCGUCGCUCCAAGCAGAAUCUUGGCUGGUCCUAUCUUGUUUUUAUCCUGAAGGACAAUGUUGCGAUGCCACCGCUUCACUUCCAUGAUGGGGGCAGCUCGGCCUUUGUCCAUGUCAUUGAAAAAUAUGUCAUGCUCACAAAGUCACCCAAUGACUCAAGACUGUACAUCGUCACUCCCAACGACACAGACGCUCUUUCCCGCUCCUUCAACGAGCUACACAUCCUUGGGGAAACAUCAUCACAUGUAGUUUCACAAUUCAUGAAGGACCCCGUUUCCGCGACAAUGGGAGGGUUCUCAAAGGUCACCAACUUCCUGAAGGAUGCCAUCCUCUUGCCUACCAACACCCAUCGGCCUUCCGACGAAUACGCUGACCUCAUGCCUGACCUGGAAGGGCUUAGUGUCAAUCUGCAGGCCGAGCAAGGAUAUGGCCUUGUUUCACAGUCACAGAUCCGGCUUGGAGAAAGGCCCAAUGUUGACCGGUUAGAUCCUAUGACAGAGGUCGAGUGGCUCCAGUAUCAGGACAAGGAGGGAAGGAUAACGAAAGUUGAUGAUGUGCUACGCAGAAUAUUCAGAGGGGGUCUAGCACCAUCGUUACGGAAAGAGGUCUGGAAGUUUCUACUGAGAUACUACCCCUGGAACUCAACAAGAUCAGAAAGACAAUCAUUGAGGAGAAAGAAAGAGGAUGAAUAUUUCUGCAUGAAAGCGCAAUGGAAGACCGUCACAGAGGCACAAGAGAGAAGGUUUGCUAUGCUGAGGGACAGAAAGAGCAUCAUUGAAAAAGAUGUCCUACGAACAGACAGAAUUCAUCCAUACUUUGAAGGCGAGUCGAAUCCUCAUCUUGACACCCUCUUUUCCAUCCUCAUGACCUACUGUAUGUACAACUUUGACCUUGGUUAUGUUCAGGGAAUGAGUGACCUCCUGUCGCCGAUGCUGAUCGUCAUGGACGAUGAAGUAGAAGCCUUUUGGUGCUUAUGCGGUUUCAUGGAUGACCUUCAGUUGUGCAUGAACUUUGAUAUGGAGCAAGAAGGAAUGAAACGACAACUCAUCCAGCUCAACUCUCUUCUUCAGGUUAUUGAACCUAAGUUCUACAGCUACCUACAAUCAAAGGAAUCAAGCAACCUGUAUUUCUGUUUCCGUUGGCUACUCAUUCACUUCAAGAGAGAGUUCACCAUUGAGAAUAUCAUGAAGCUAUGGGAGGUGAUAUGGACCCAGCUACCAUGUAAGAACUUUCAUCUCUUGAUCUGUGUCGCUAUUCUCAAUGGCGAGAAGGACAUCAUGGAAAGAGAUGAUUAUGACUUCAAUGACAUUCUCAAGCACAUUAAUGAGCUAGCACUGCGAAUCAGUGUUGAUGACAUAUUAAAGAAAGCCGAGGGCAUCUUCCUGCAGCUUUCCAACCACAAUGAACUACCUUCGACGAUACGAGAAAUCAUAGGUCUUGCCGACAGGAAUCGCGGCGGUGGGGACGAAGCCAGGUCUGACUGUUCCGACAGUAGCAUCGAGGUAUUAGGGGAUGGUGACCCCAGCCCACAGUAAAAACAACGGACAAAUGCCAAAGUGAAUGUAUGGGACUGUGUGUAAUGAAUCAGUGUAAAGUCUUUAUUUUUACCCUCGUAAAGGGUCUUAAUGAUUGUGAUUGUAUGGCUAUUUGAAAUUAUGAAUUAUCUUUUUCUUUAAUUAACAUAGCUAAGAUUAGAGUUUACCCUACAUUAAAGGCAGACUUUAGUUACUUUGUCCAUGAUUCAACAUAAAAAGAACUGAUUCAGCGUACCUACCAGUUGGCGAUAAGGGUACCAUCAUGCCACAACAAAUCUUCUGUAGGCAUUGUCUUUGUGUAUCUUGUUGCUAUGCUGGGCAAUCCACAUAAAUUACCCUUAAGUGCUCUCAGAGGCACGAUGUACAGCAAACCUCAAUUAUCUGUCUCAAUUUUCUGCUUCAAGUUUAAGGUUGUUUCCCAAUUUCCAGUGGACAUUUUAUUUUAUGCUGUGAUUAUUACUUUGCUAUCAGAUGAAAAUUAAAUUUUAAAUAAAUUCUGGGCCUACUUUUGAGGUCACCAGAAUUUUUUUUACUACACUACAGUAUAACAUGUUUGCUAUAGACAAUCGUGCAACCCUUAAAGAGGGUAUUCCAACAGGGCCCCAUCUUACAAACAGUUACGAUUGAUCCAAUCAAUCUUAACUGUAUGGAAAUCCAUCCAUACCAUAAUUUUUUUCUCCAGGAAAUUUUCACAAUAUCCUUUAGUAAACAAAGAGAAUCACACUGAAUCUGCAAGAGAACGACAAAUGUGUGAAUAUACAGUACAUCAUAUCUAGAAAAUAUUUUGAACAAAUUUUCAUUUUAGAUGUUCAUGUUACUGGCCAUCCAUAGAUGUGGUCAAUUGGAUCAAUCACUACUCUUCGUAAGACGGGGCCAUGAUCACAUUGUAAAUAUUGAGCAUUCAUCAUCAAGUUCUAGAUUAUUUAUUAUCUUAUCAUUUCCUCAAAUGCUCCCUUUUUUCUUGGUGGCAAAACAAAUCAAAACCAAACAUCAGGAUUUCAAGUAUUUAGAAAUCAUAGAGCAAUAAGGAACUUAUGUUCAAUCUUUCCUGUCAGAUAGGAAGUAGAAUAAAUAGUGUGUGUGUUCAAGGAGAUAGAGUGAUACAGAGUGAUGCCAACCGUUCCCUUUUUGGAGUAUUUGUUCCACUUUUUUUGUAUAAUUUGUUACUUUUUUAAAAAUUUCCGAUCAUGGAGUAUGUAUUAUACACAGCGCGCGACACUAGCGCCGGUCCGACGGUCCCAGACCGGUAAAAAUCACUGUCGGGUCAGUAACUUGUUGCAUGAAAAGAACAAGUAAAUUCUUGCCUAUGAGCACAUGUUUAGAAUGGUGAAUCAUGAAGUUUUCAAGAAGAGCCAUUGCACAUGUUUUUUCACCGAUCUCACUAUAACAGGCAGGUGAUUGUAACGUUGAGACUAAUUUGUAAAAAUACUUUUUUUUUCUUCAAAAAAUACUUUUUUUUCCUUCUAAGAAUACUUUUUUGGUAGAAGAUUGGAAGGUCUGGACUGAUAUAUCCUUGGUAUGAUGUAAAUAUACACUGUAUACUUGCUGAAAUAAUAAUGAUGCAACACAUGUACAUGUAUAUGUAGAGCCAUGAUAUUGAUAUAAAGGUUUUGUGCUAUAGGGGAUAUAUUCGUUGACUACACAUGUCAUGCUGUGGCAAUAAUGUACUCUGGUUAGACAUUGAUCUUUCCUUACCAUAUUCAACCUAGAUUCAUAUUGUAAAAAAAGAAAAGAAAUAGUUACAAAGAAUAUUGUCAAAGUCUAUGAAUUUGCUAAUUUGUGCUGAAAUGCAUAUACAUGUACACUCUUUUAUUUGCUAGCAAUCAUAAAGAAAAACCUUGAUAUUUUUUCAUAUCAAUACUAUUUGAAAUAUUCAUAAAUAAUUACUUGUAUUAAAAAGUGUAGUAUGAAAAUGCAUUGUUUUAUGCAUUAUGUUAUUUUUCACAAUUUCUUGUUUUUUAUUUGUGCAAAAAUUUUCACCCAUUCAUGAAUUCAUUAGAAAAGACAUUUCAAUUGAACAUAAAUACAUUAAAAUUGAAAUACAUAUGUAUACUGUAAUACUGUGUGUUAUGGAGCAAUUGUAAGUCCUUAGCACAAAAUUACACUUUAGAUAAAAUCAUUUCAAACAAUAAAAUUUGGCAUAAUAUGCUUCUACAUUUUUUUUUUUAUGGAGAGAGUCAUGGCUUAUAUAUGUUCUUAAUUGUAUACUGUUGACGAGAAUUAGUUUGGAAAUAUGUACUGAAUUGCUGCUUCCUGAUGCGUACUGUGUUUGGAUUUAUAUCAACCGUUAUUUAAUCAUAUAGUGUAUAUAUCCCAUUCUACUUGGCCUCUAAUCCAUAGGAAAUACUGUUAUAUUUAUUUUAUAACAGACAUUACUUAAAGAUAAUUUACAUUGCAGCAUCAUCAGAAUAAAACUUCUUGAACUAUACACACUUGAAAUAUCACUUGUGUCUUGUAUAAAGCAAAACAAUAAUUGUCUUUUUUUGUGAAAAAAGAAACAUGAAAGUAUGUGUAACCGAUGCUUAAGCCCCGCGCAUAUGUAGACAAAAGAAAAUAGAACGUUGAUUUACUUGUAGGUUAAUACCGGAGAAGAAAAUGAAGUGUUAAGAGUAUGAAUUAAUGAAUUUACUAGUCAAACAUAAUAUUGUAAAUAGCUAUACCAGUAACUCUUUGCCCACCUUGAGUUAAAAAGGGAAUGCAAUGUGACACAAAGAUUCAAUCUAUUAAAGGUAAAUGCUAGUUUUGGUAACGAUAUCAAAAUGAGUUCGUACAGAAUCCAAUGAAAUGACCACCAAAGUGUAUGUUUGUAUAAAUAAAACGCAUGUGCCAAAGGAUUCUGGAAGAAAUUGUGUAAUUGCUGAGAAAUCGGCAAAUAAGCACAGGAUUCGGGUAGAGCGUCAGGCCCGACGCUCAAAGCAAUAAUUAUACACAGUCCCACGUGCGCUAAUCUGUGUUGGGGAAGUUCAGUCUGAACAUUUUUCAGCGUAGAUUUCAAGAUUUCACAAAGUUCAGAUUAUUUAACUGUACCAGAUCUAGAUCCUCAAUGAUAUACUGACAAUUAAGCCUGGUUUUACAGACUUUCUCAUGAAAUCAGUGUUUACUGCAACUACUGGAAUUUCUCUUUAAACUGUCUUUAUACCUAAUGUACUCCAGGUUUUGUUUCCUUAUAUCUUUUUACCAAAGGACAAGUGAUACUGUACCUUUAUUUAAACAAGGCUAGUAGAAUGAUAAUUAUGCUUAUUGUACUUCAUGUAAUUCUGCAAUAUAAUGCAUAUUCAAAUGAGGAAAUGUCUCCAGAAUUUACAGAACUUCUUUGCUUUCAUUCAUUAAGGUAUUAAAACAAAAACUGGUUUUGAAAAUAUUGAUGUGAUAGUGUAGGAAUUCUUUUCUAUACUUGUUUCAACAGCUUCGCAACCACCUCAAUUUGGUACUCUCAAUGUACAUGUAAAUGUGGUUUAUUUCCGAUCGGUCUAAUACCAAUUCGUCCAAUUAUCAACUUGUCUACUAGCAUUUGGUAGAGUUCAGUUUGUCCACUAUCCACAUCUUCAUUUCAUCCAUUCACCAUUUCAUCUAAUAACCAGUUGGUCCAAUAGCCAUUUACUCCAUAUGCCAUUAUUGAACUAGGGGUAAGUUGGGCGAAAUGAAUGAAAAGAAAAUGGGUACUAAACCAACUGGUUACGAGACAAAAUGGUCAUAGAUAAACUGGUGAUUAGACAAAGUGAUCAUUGUCCCGAAUGGUUAUAAUAGGGCCAAAUGGCUGUUAAAGGAAUGUUGAGGGUUGGAAUGGCAUUCGACUAAAUGAAGGUAAACCUUGUGAUAAUUGGACGAGAGUGGGCAAUAGAUGAAUCGGCAGUUUACUGUAAAUGCAUCUCAAUGACUCAAAACAUGAGUGAACCUCUGAACUCCUCGUUUGCAAUUCAUUUUAUGUAUAUACAUGUAUGACGUCAUUAGAUUAUUACUUUCAUACAUGCAGUAUUUUAUGUAAGAUUGCUAUUUUUGUAUCUCUUGUGGGUUUUUUUCUAUCACUUGCUCAUUGAGAAUGAUAUUUCUUUAAAUUGCUGUAAAUGUGUAUAUAUACACCAUUAAUUGAUUCCACUGUGCAACAGAUUAAAAGCUAUAUGAGUGCGCAA